AUCCAAAGAUCACACUUGUCAUCAACGCACAAACUGGCCCACCAUUCCUUCUCCCAUCUCCCUGCUUCUCCCACACCACGGCCCCAAAAUCCCAGAUUUCAGUAUCCCAAGAGAUCCAUAAGCUCAAAAACUCACUCCAACUCCCUUCGUCUACGCCGUGAUCGUCCCACAAGAAAAACAUGAAAAGAAACAACUCCUCGAUUGGUUUUCGGAAGUGAGAAUUUUUUGUUCCGAUUUUGAUGAUCGCAAAUGGGGAUUCUGAUUUAGGGAGGAAAAGGAUGUCGAGACAGAGCCUUCUUCCUGUGUCCGCCCCGCAUCCGACUGGUUCCGCGAUCUCAGCUGGAUCUGAAGAGAAACUGGGUUUCCGAUCGGACGGCGAUCGGCCUGCCGGAAAGACGCGGAUCUUGAUUUCGCCGUCUCUGGAUUUGGUGGACGAUGGUGAUGAUCGGAGAACCGAGAAGGUGCCCUUUCUUUCUAGGGCGUCCAGCUUCAACGCCGAUGCUGCCUUGGGAAGUCCGAAUCAUUUUGGUAAGAAGCAGAGGCGGCGGCGGUCCGGCAGUGAUUCGUCGCUUUCCUCCGCCUCAGGCGGCAACUCUUUCGGCGAGGGUGUGGGAAUGACCGCUUCUGAUACUUAUUUGGUCACGAGGCUGGCCAUUAAACUUCUAACCUAUCUCGGGAUAGGCUACAGAUGGAUCACCAGAUUUCUUGCCCUUGGCUUCUAUGCUUUCCUUCUUUUCCCUGGUUUUGUUCAAGUUGGAUAUUACUACUUUUUUUCUCGUCAAGUCCGGAGAAGCAUUGUCUAUGGCGACCAGCCAAGAAAUAGGCUGGAUCUUUACCUUCCUAAAAACAGCAAUGGCCCCAAACCAGUUGUAGCAUUUGUGACAGGUGGAGCUUGGAUAAUAGGUUACAAGGCUUGGGGCUCUCUUUUAGGACAGCAAUUAUCCGAAAGAGGCAUUAUAGUGGCAUGCAUUGACUACAGAAAUUUUCCCCAGGCAACUAUUGGUGAGAUGGUGAAAGAUGCUUCCCAAGGUAUUGCCUUCGUGUGCAACAAUGCGGCUGAAUAUGGAGGUGAUCCUAACAGAAUAUACUUAAUGGGGCAAUCUGCCGGAGCACAUAUAUCUGCAUGUGUUCUUGUGGAUCAGAUGAUCAAAGAAGCUGGUGAGGGACAAAGCACUUCAUGGAGUUUAUCUCAAAUAAAGGCAUAUUUUGGCUUAUCAGGAGGGUACAAUUUGCUUCAUCUAGUGGAUCACUUUGACACUCGGGGUCUGUACCGCUCACUCUUUCUGAGCAUAAUGGAAGGGGAAGAAUCUUUGCGAAAAUACUCGCCGGAGUUAAUGGUGCAAGACCCAUAUGUUAGAAAUGCCGUUCCACUCCUCCCUCCAGUUUCCCUUUUCCAUGGCACCGCCGACUACUCCAUUCCUUGCGAGUCCAGCAAGAAGUUUGCUGACACUCUAAAUGAGCUUGGAGGUAAAGCUGAAGCAGUCAUGUAUGAAGGGAAAACACACACAGACUUGUUUCUCCAGGAUCCAAUGAGAGGUGGGAUGGAUGAGCUGUUGGAGGACUUGAUCAGUAGAAUCCAUUGUGACAACCCAGAAGCACUUGCAGAGGCUUCCAAUGCUCACAAAAGGAGACGUUUGGUCCCCGAAUGCAUGCUGAAGUUGGCUACCAAAGUCAGCCCAUUUUAAUCCCCCCACACACGUAACGUUCAUUCGUUCAUUCUUUCUCUCAUUUCCCACACGCACGCAUUCUUUCGAGUGUGGUUUGAGGUGAAAAUUUGGAGCGCGCCGAAAAUGGAUGACAUUAGUGUUAUUAUAUAUAUAUUGGAUGGUUUACAUUAUGAAUUCAAGUAUGGUCUCUUUGUGCUUAAAAAAAAUAUGGUUUCUUUGAAAAGAAACCAAUAUAUUGUUUCAUUAGGGCCACCCUCUUGAGACACCUGCCUUGGGCGCGGCAUAUUACGACACCGGUCAAUAGAGGGUCUUAUCCAACGCUCCGUUGGGUCCCAAGCUGGGUCCUUAUAAAAUCUAUAGUUAUUG